AGAGAAAAUAGGUUCAAUCUCUUGACCGUAGCGAAGAAAGCUUUGGCUGCUUUCGCUCGCAGGCUGCAAUUCUGCGCCCACUUACUAGGGGGUGACCCCACUGAAGGCAAUGGGGCUUAUUACCGAGAGAAGACCCCUGGGACCGGCGCCUAAAGCUGUUUCUUCGGCAGCAAGCCCCCACGGUUUCCCUGCGAGAUCCUCUCCGGCAGGUGCAGCGGCAGCCUGUCUUGAGCGUUGAGAUUCGUUGAACCCGGGGAGGGGGGUUACUUCUGAGUAAAGCGUGCACAGGGAUCGGGCUCCAUUGGGGCUGUCUCACGAUAGACAGAGAUCUAGAUAGAGAUAUAUAACCAUCGCUACCUGCGCUGGUAAUGAAAGCGGCCCGUAUUUUGUAAAGGAGGGCGCAAAAAGAGGGGCUGGGAGACAUAGCCCCCCACCCCCUUUCCUCCGGUCCCUCACAAGCCGUUCCUCUUUAAAGCCGACUCCAGUCGCCCUGUCACUCAGUCCAGGCAGCGGUUGUGGGCGGAGCUCCUCUGGCGGCGGCUGGGGAUGUUCAGCGAGCCUGGGAAUGGAGCGCAGAGGAGCGCGUACAUGAGCGAGCGAGGCAGGAGAAGAACGAGCGAGGCAGAGCAGCACAACUCCGCCGUCUUCUGCGCCUUAGCGGCCGCCAAGCCAACUGCCGCUGCUUCUGCUGCCUCUGCGGCGCGUCCCAAGAGGGCAUUGGCGACUGGAGAAGGCGGACAAGGCUGCCGGCCGGGGGGAUCGGCGAGGCAGCCAACGCAACUGCCGGAGCGCGCAAGUUCGACGCCCGUGGUUUCCCCGCGGAACUCUUAAGGAAUGAAAGCUUUUUCGGCCCGUCUGGUCCUCCUCUGCGUCUUCCUCCUCGGCCAAGACAGCUGAGCCUGUGGAUACAGAUGAAGAAUUUCUGUUGGGUGUAACCUCGAUGGAUGGCCAAAUCCUGAAAAUGAUUGUUUGAUUGCAGAGGCACCAAGGAUUUUAUCAAUGGGUCAAAGAACAUAUAAUCUACCCCCUUAUGAGGCAGUUUUCCAGUCGAUCCUUAGAGGCUCUUCUCAGCAUUUUCCUUGAGGGAUCCAAUAAAUUCAUUACUGAACAGAACUUGGUCUCCCAAGGAGAGGAUGCUGUCUGGUCUUUGGAUUCAUGUUCAAGGAGAAGUAUCGGCGAAUGACUGAAGGCCCAGCUUCUUCUUUUACCCAGCAACCUCAGGACCAGGUAGUGAUUGCCGGCCAGCCAGUGACCCUACUGUGUGCUAUUCCAGAGUACAAUGGAAUCGUGUUGUGGAUUAAAGAUGGUCUUGCUCUCGGUGUAGGCCGGGAUCUCUCAAGUUACCCACGCUACUUGGUUGUAGGGGACCAUCUGUCAGGGGAGCAUCACCUAAAGAUCCUGAGAGCAGAUCUCCAAGAUGAUGCUGUGUACGAGUGCCAGGCCAUUCAAGCGGCCAUCCGUUCCAGACCAGCCCGGCUGACCGUUCUCGUGCCUCCAGAUGAUCCAAUAAUUAUUGGAGGGCCUGUCAUUAGCCUACGAGCUGGAGAUCCUCUGAAUCUGACCUGCCAUGCAGACAAUGCCAAGCCAGCAGCAUCCAUUAUUUGGAUGCGGAGAGGAGAAGUAAUAAAUGGAGCAACCUAUUCCAAGACAGUGCUUCGUGAUGGCAAGAGGGAGAGCAUUAUGAGCACGCUCUUUGUCUCCCCAUCUGACAUUGAGAAUGGCCACACCAUUGUCUGCCGGGCCACCAACAAAGCCAUUCCUAGUGGAAAGGAGACCUCUGUCACCAUUGACAUUCAACAUCCACCCCUCGUCAAUCUGUCAGUGGAACCUCAGCCUGUCCUUGAGGACAACACUGUAAAGUUUCACUGCUCUGCUAAGGCUAACCCUGCUGUCAUCCAAUACAGGUGGGCCAAAAAAGGACACAUUAUCAAGGAAGCAUCAGGUGACUCCUAUGAGACCAUUGUUGACCAUACCUACUUUUUUGAACCAGUCUCCUGCGAGGUGACGAAUGCUUUGGGCAGUACUAACAUCAGCAGGACAGUUGAUGUCUACUUUGGGCCACGUAUGAUGACAGAACCGCAAUCUCUCCUUGUCGACCUUGGAUCAGACGCUGUAUUUAACUGUGCAUGGAUUGGAAACCCAUCUCUGACCAUCGUCUGGAUGAAGCGGGGCUCAGGCGUGGUCCUGAGCAAUGAGAACACAUUAACACUAAAGAACGUGCGCCAAGAGGAUGCUGGGAAAUACGUGUGCCGAGCUGUGGUUCCACGCGUGGGUGCAGGAGAACGGGAAGUAUCUCUGACUGUCAAUGGACCACCUAUAAUCUCCAGCACCCAGACGCAACACGCUCUCCAUGGGGAAAAAGGCCAGAUCAAGUGCUUCAUCCGCAGCACUCCCCCGCCUGACCGGAUUGCCUGGUCCUGGAAGGAGAACGUCCUGGAGUCAGGUACCUCGGGGCGUUACACGGUAGAAACCGUCAGCACAGAUGAAGGCGUGAUCUCCACAUUAACCAUCAGCAACAUUGUGCGGGCUGAUUUCCAGACCAUUUAUAACUGCACUGCCUGGAACAGUUUUGGUUCAGACACCGAGAUCAUACGCCUGAAAGAACAAGGUACGGAAAUGAAAUCAGGAGCUGGUAUGGAAGCAGAGUCAGUGCCAAUGGCAGUCAUCAUAGGCGUGGCAGUUGGAGCCGGCGUGGCAUUUUUGGUGCUGAUGGCCACCAUCGUGGCCUUCUGCUGUGCUCGCUCACAGAGAAAUCUGAAAGGUGUGGUUUCAGCCAAGAAUGAUAUCCGUGUUGAGAUUGUUCACAAGGAGUCCGCCUCAGGCAGAGAAACAGAGGAGCACCCGACGAUCAAGCAACUGAUGAUGGACAGGAGUGAGUUCCAGCAGGAUUCGGUCCUUAAGCAGCUAGAGGUGCUCAAGGAGGAAGAGAAGGAGUUCCAGAAUUUGAAGGACCCAACUAAUGGCUACUACAGUGUGAACACUUUCAAGGACCACCACUCUACUCCCACAAUCUCCCUCUCGGGCUGCCAGCCAGACCUGAGGCCAGCUAACAAACAGCGGGUGCCCACGGGCAUGUCCUUCACCAACAUCUACACGACCCUGAGCGGGCAGAACCGCCUGUACGACUACAGCCAACGCUUUGUCUUAGGCAUGGGCAGCAGCUCCAUCGAGCUGUGCGAGCGGGAAUUCCAGCGGGGCUCCAUGAGCGACAGCAGCUCCUUCCUGGACACGCAGUGCGACAGCAGCGUCAGCAGCAGCGGCAAGCAGGACGGCUACGUACAGUUCGACAAGGCCAGCAAGGCUUCGGCCUCCUCUUCCCACCACUCCCAGUCCUCCUCGCAAAACUCAGACCCCAGCCGGCCCCUGCAGAGGAGAAUGCAGACCCACGUGUGAAAAGGAUGGGGCGGGACCGGAACGCAGAGGUGGUGGGGAGGGAGAGCAGUUGGCUGGCACAGGCAGAAGGAGGCCAAGCCACUUCCCAGCCUGAAGCCUGGCCCUGCCAGCAAGCUGAGGGAUGUGUGGCCUGCUGAAGUCGGCACGUUCUGGGUGGGUGGAGGUUGUUCUGUGGUUUUGUUUGCGUUCUAGUGACUUUUGAAGAAAUUCCUCACAGCACUUUCUUCCCUCCCCUCUCCUCUCUUAGAGGAAAACUCUACAGCCUGACGCAAGGUAAAGGGAGCUAGAAUGAGCCCGUGAGGCAGGUCAAGGUGUCCAAACAAAGAGACAUAUACCUUCCCCUCCUGGGUCUGUUGACCUCGCUUAAGCAGGUGGGGAGAACCUACGGCAGCUGAACCCAAACUAAUUUUAAGCACAAAGUCUGUUCUCUUCCUGUAGCAGACUAGGCUUAGGGGAGAUAGGAGUGAAGGAAGGCAGAAGACAGAUGACUCAUUUGGGAACUGUAGGUUGAAACAAAAUCCACAUGCUUUUCCAUAUAUGUAAGAAUUGCCUCUUCUUUCAGGGGAAGGGUUAGGGUUCUAGACUCAACUCCACAGGAGUACAAAUUCCUACAUGAAAACCUGCCUUUCCCUCUUUCAGUCCUCAUACGAUUACCUGCCCGGCCGCAGGAUGUUUUGAGACAAUACAUGGUCUUCCCCUUCGGCCAUCAGUUUUGCAUUUCCCAGUUCUUCUGACAAUUAGCUCUCGCACUUCCAUUGAUGGAGAGAGAGAUACAUGGCCACCUCCUUCCUUAAAAACCCUGUCAAAUCCUUCAUUCUCGGUCGCUUCACAAAGACAAGAUGACUGAUGCUCCUAGUGUCUUUCCCUUCCUUCCCCCACUUCCUCUUUCUUUGUGACAUCACUUCCUGACUGUGGACCUUUUGGAGAUGGUGUACCUUCAAAGCUGUUCGGUUCGCCGGCCAAGUACCCUUUCCUGCCUCUUAGCCUCAUUUUCAAACUGUGAUCCCAAAAUGCGUUCUUCAAGCAACCUCAAAGAGUGUGGCUUAAUUUAAGGAAGUUCAGUAAAGGUGAGGGGAGAGAGAAACAGUCAUUGGUGUAACUUAAUGUGCACUGACUGAUAGUUCUGGUCUCGCUUUUUUUAAAAAAAAUUCCUUUUGUUUGGUGUUUAGUGUUCAUAAUAUUACAGUGUGUCUUUGGACUAAGAACAAAACAAAAACCUGAAGUUGAAAACUUUUACAAGUUGCUUCUCGGCAGAACACACAUAGACACACAGACAGGCACAACAGGAAUACUCUGGUCUGGAUCGGUGGCAGAGGAACUGUUGGUGGACAGAGGACUGAACUCAAUCUGAGUGACGUGUGACAAUCACAGAGAAGGCCCUUCCAAAGGGGGCUGCUGCGAGUGAACAUAGAGCAUUUUCUUACUGCUGCUUGUGUAUUUCCUGCCCCCCUUCCUCUUACCCCCCCAAUAGCACAAUUGGAAGAUUAA